UUAUUUUGAUCAAGACUUGGCAAAGGAAAUUGAAAGAGAAGAGAGCUCUCAACCACAAAAGCAACGGAAGAUUGACAAUAUGGGGAGAGUCAGACCUAGUACAUACUCUAAAACUAAUCCCAAAAAGGUACCUCAGAACACCCAAGCUACUGGAGCAGAUUUUUCUGAAGACAAUUGUCCACCAAACGUUGAAGUUUCAGAGCAAGAAGGUGAUUCUUCAAAUUUAACCAACAAAAAACCAUUUCAUGAAAUUGUAAGUGAAAUAAUGGAGAACCAAAUAACUACAGAAAAUGAUGUAGAAGAUGAUUUUUCUUUGGAGGAUUUGAUCCCUGGUGACGAAGAUGAAAUAAUUGAGGAAAAUGAAGAUAACCUGUUGAUUACUGAUCAGGAAAAUGGGGAGAGCCACACAAGUAACUUGAUUCAGAGUGAGGCUAUCAUUUAUCCUGGACACUCAAUGAGUAUACACCACAGCAUGGUUUUGAUUCUUUUAUAUGCCAUUUGUCACUCUAUCAGUGGGGCUCAGUCUUCAUUGUCUACAUACACACCCUGGAUUGAAAAGCAUAUACAUGUUUAA